UGUGUGUGUGAGUGUGUGUGUGUGUGUGUGAGAGUGUGUGUGUGUGAGUGUGUGAGUGUGUGUGAGUGUGUGUGAGUGUGUGUGUGAGAGAGUGUGUGUGUGUGUCAGUGGUCAGGCCCUAGCUGUCUUGCCCUUUCAGUCUCACUGCAGGCCUGUGUGAGAUUGAGUUUAUCUGUAGCUUAUUUACACAGUAUGUCGUGUAGUGAGCUUUGACCCUGGAAAGAUGCCCCAAUGUCAUUUUUAGUCAUUUAGUAUCCCUGCUUCCUCUUAUUUGACCAAUAGAUAGUGGAAGCUGUGUCAUGGGUUCCUCCCCAGUUGCCAGGAGCUUCUCGUUUACUUGCUUUCUGUUGUCUGUUUCACGAGGGGUUUGAGACUGAGCAGAGCAGCAUUGGGCAUCGCAGAUCUGAUCCUCUGGUCAAUUCAACCAUGACGAGCCAAGGAGGGAGGAUGGAUGGGUUGGAGCAGAGUCUGCCAGCAAUCGCCGGGAUCAACAACACCUACGGACAGUGCCAGACGAGCAUGGCUGCCCCGUACCCAGCGCUAGAGGAGAGGAAACCCAUCUCCCACGUGCGCAGAACCUUCUGCCUCUUUGUCACCUUCGACCUGCUGUUUGUUUCGCUUCUGUGGAUCAUUGAGUUGAACACAAAAGAUGGUAUUGAGAAAAGUCUGAAGGAUGAAAUCGUAUGUUAUGAUUUCAGAACUUCAUUUUUUGACAUUUUUUUCCUGGCUGUCUUUCGUUUCCUGGUCUUGCUGCUGUGUUAUGCCGUCCUGAGACUCCGGCACUGGUGGGCCAUUGCGGUCACCACUUUAAUCACCAGUGGCUUUCUCAUCGUGAAAGUCAUCCUCUUAAUACAGUUUCAGACCAGAGGGGCGUUUGGCUACGUGCUGCCCAUCGUCUCCUUCAUCCUCGUCUGGCUCGAGACCUGGUUUCUCGAUUUCAAAGUCUUAAUUCAAGAGGCAGAGGACGAGAGAUUGUUCCAGGCGCCACAGACGGUAUUCGGAGGCCCGAGCUUGCUCUACCCCAGCGCUGUGUCAGAGGGACAGUUCUACUCUCCACCAGAGUCUUUAGCAGGUUCUGAAGAUGAGCUGGAAGAGGAAGGUGCUGGGCGGGUCGCAGCCACACCUCAGGAGAAGGAGUACGUACGUCAGGGCCGAGAGGCCAUGGGGGUGCUGGAACAAAUACUACGGCAGGAGGAAUACUGGAAGCUGGAGAAAGAAGAUGGCACCGAUGCAGUUUACAGCUUUGAAAUCCCAUAUCACGGGAAGAGCUUCAUUCUAAAGGUGAGAAUGUCUGAGCUGUGUGGACAUGGCUGGUUAACCCAGGAGGUGAUCCUUCAGCCUCAGAAGAUGGCGAUGUGGAACCGGACUAUCGCUGCGUGCCAGGUUCUGCAGAGAGUUGAUGACAACACACUGGUCACCUACGACGUGUCUGCUGGAGCCGCGGGAGGGGUGAUAUCCGCCAGGGAUUUUGUGAACGUGCGGCGUAUCGAGAGGAGGAAGGAGAUGUACGUGUCGUCAGGCAUGUCGACCGUCCACGACUCCCGGCCCCCAGUGAAAAAGUACAUCAGGGGUGAGAAUGGGCCCGGUGGAUUUGUGGUGAUGAAGUCUGUCCGCAACCCCAGUGUCUGCACCUUCAUCUGGAUCUUGAACACAGACCUGAAGGGUCGGCUCCCAAGAUACCUGAUCCACCAGAGCCUGUCAGCCACCAUGCUGGAGUUCAUGUCUCACCUGCGGCAGCGAGUGCGGGGGAUGGGUGAGACAGUGCAUCAGUGACACCUCCCCCUCCCUCCCCCCCCUGAUGUCUGCAGAGUCCGAUCCCGCUGUUUGCGCAGGACCUGGCGUCUGCCAGCAGGGGCACUGCCCCAGGACCAAGGGUCAGCCAGACCACCGACUGACCCCCUCUCCCCAUCACAAGGAGAACAAAACCAUUGUGAUGCAGAGUGGGUCCAUCACUGUCCACAUGUUGCUGCUUGUGUUGGGGACAUCCCCAGUGUCGGGCCAGUGGACUUGCUCAGAGUCACUGCGGGUACUUGUUUUAAUCAGGAGCCAGUUUCCUGGCUCAGUGAGACCCCCAGUUCAGUGUGGGACCCCUGGUUCAGUGUGGGACCCCUGGUUCAGUGUGGGACCCCCAGUUCAGUGGGGGACCCCCAGUUCAGUGUGGGACCCCUGGUUCAGUGUGGGACCCCUGGUUCAGUGUGGGACCCCCAGUUCAGUGGGGGACCCCCAGUUCAGUGUGGGACCCCUGGUUCAGUGGGGGACCCCCAGUUCAGUGUGGGACCCCUGGUUCAGUGUGGGACCCCUGGUUCAGUGUGGGACCCCUAGUUCAGUGUGGGACCCCCUGGUUCAGUGUGGGACCCCCAGUUCAGUGUGGGGGACCCCUGGUCUCUGGUGCUGCGGGGCCAGCACUGCUUGCUGUCGGAGACCAGCUGUGGCUUUGUCUUUUAUGAAGCUGUGGACCAGGAGGAAUAAGUGGGCCACUCGGCCCCUCCAGCCUGUCCUGUCCAUUCAAGGAGACCAUCGGCCACCUUGAAUGUCUUGGGCAACCUGGGCAACACUGAACCUGACAGGUGACACAUGCCCACCCCCACCCCCACUGAACUUUCAGCCACAUGGCCGUUUUGUUGACCUUCUAUGUACUUGCUUUUGUGUGAAGUAAAAAUCUGUUUGAUAAAGAA